AAUUGGUCGCUCUAGCAGAAUGCAAGUUUUAAUCGUCUCCUCUCUGCUCGCACUUUGUGCCUACAAAACACAGGCUGGUGAUGUUACUGUCACCAACAAAGUGUUCUUUGAUGUCAAACAAGGAGAUGAAGAUCUUGGAAGGAUUGUGAUUGGUCUAUUUGGGGAAACUGCACCUCUGACAGUGAAGAACUUCAUCGCCUUGGCAACCAAAAGCGAGGGAUAUGGGUAUGAGACUAGUACCUUUCAUAGAGUCAUUGAUGGAUUUAUGAUUCAGGGUGGAGAUUUCUCUGCAAGAGAUGGAAGUGGAAGCAAGAGUAUUUAUGGAGAAUACUUUGAUGAUGAAAACUUCAAACUUGACCAUUAUGGAGCAGGAUGGGUCAGCAUGGCCAAUGCAGGAAAAGAUACCAAUGGAUCUCAAUUCUUCAUCACAACAGUGGAAACAAAAUGGCUGAACGGCAAACAUACCGUAUUUGGUAAAGUACUCGAAGGUAUGGAGAUCGUACGCAAAAUUGAAAAAACCAAAGUUGGUGAAAAAGAUGAUCCCGUCGUUGACAUUGUCAUUGCAAAAUCAGGCUCUUUGGAAGUUACUACACCCUUUGAUGUAGAAAGAGCUGAUUCUGUGGUCUGAACUUUCAUAGGCCCCAGGGCACUAUCACAAUAAAUAUAUGUAGUAGAUUAAAGGGACAAUGUACAGAACUAUUGUAUAGAAAUCCUGUAUAAAAUCUGCAAAUGUUGAAACAAUAUUAAUGUCUAAAGGACUAAAUACCUAAGGUCGCUUUUAACUUUUUAGUAAUAAUUUGUAGAAACCAUAUAAAAGAAAUGCUUUUAUGUAGAUUAAUAGGUUUAUGUGCAGAAAUGUUGACUUUCGAGACAUGCACAUUUUUCUAUUUAUUUAUUUCUUGGGUCAAAACUUGCCAUUUUGAGAUUGGAAAUCCUUUUUUAUAAAAACUUUUACAUACAGACUUACCCUUUUGAAUACAGACUUAGCUUUUUAAAUGCUGAUUUGCCAUUUUGAGAUUUUAAUUUUGUUGUUCGAACAAAAAUGGAAUUAUUUUUGUACACUUACUGUACUGCAUUGACUGUUGUACACUUUUUUAAAUAGCAUAACAAAAUGUACCAAAUUCGAUCCUCAAGUUUAUACUUUACGUGCCAAGCUUAACAAAGAACCUGUAUAUAGAACAUCCGUCAUAUAAAAUCAGUCAUAUUGUGAUGUAUAUGUACGUAUGAGAUGUUCAUAUUAUAAGGUGUUCAUAUUAUGAGGUGUUCAUUCAUAUGUUAUUUCAUAUUGUGAGGUGUAUACAUUAUGAG